AUGAGUCCACACGCUUCCUCAAAUCAACCAAUUAAGAUUUUGGAUUCGGUAGGACCGGCAGCUGCAUCAUCGGGAAAAGCAGGUGCUCUCAUAACCAAUCGUCCUCCAUUGAAGCGCGGCAAUGCAUCUGAUAAACGGCAAUCUCUCUUUGAGAAAUCAUUCGAGCUCCACGAGUCACUUGCAGAAGAACUUAAGUUGGAAUCGUUUUGCCCCGUGCAGAACUAUCAAGUCGUAAACGAGUUAAGUGACAAAACUGACGAGGACCGAUAUCAACAACAAACCAACUGUGCAAAACUACCAUUGUGUCUAUCGAAUCUUGAGAAUACCCAUGCGGGUGUUGAGCUUCCGGGAGAUGCUGCAAUAAUCGAUCCAGCCGAGCUUACAUAUGCAUUGUUCAAUCAAGCCUUGGCGCGAAACAAUGAUUCCUCCUUUCUGAAGGCAACAGUUCGUGGUCUGAAGUUGGUUGACGACAACCAAACGCUUCAAAGAAUACUUGUUGAGCCAGGGAAAGGGGACUGUGAGAUUGACUACAUUAAUAUCGAAAAAGAUGAGCCAGUUGUGAUUGCCCUGGGCUCAUGGUCCGCUUCCAUCGAAGACUGGCUAGGGAUACCGAUGCCGAUUGAAGGAGUUGUAUCAACGUCAAUGUUGUAUAAUAAUGGCAUACCGUCUUCAGAUAUCGGCACGGCUCUGUUCCUUGAUAGCGACCUUAAUGGAUGCCAUCUAGAGCUAUUUGGCAGAAAGGAUAGGUCUUUGUACGUUAGUGGUUGCGGCGAAUCGGAUGUGAUUGGAACCGAAGUCCUACGUGGUGAGGGACGUCCAUCGCCAGAGAUUUGCCCUCCAAACAUGGCAAGAGCAGCAGCAGCUCAAAAGAGCCUCAAGAAGCUUGGGUACAAGGAGUGUACACCGGACAUCGUUCAAGCAUGCAUGCGGCCAAUGUCCCCAGAUGCAAUCCCUGUGGUAGGCAAGAUUCUAAGUAACGUCUACGUUGCAACUGGUGGUGGUCCAUGGGGGAUAACAUGGGGUCCGCUAAUGGGCAAGUGCAUUGAGUCUCUGAUUAAUGACGACGAUCUGCCAAUUCGAAUGGCACCAUUGAAGCCGCAACGCUAUGAUACAUUGCUGUAUCGGACACUACUCAAUAGCCGAUCGCCAAAUAAAAAAUAA